GUGGUUUACAGUGGAGUAGAAGAUGGUUUGAGCUGCUGGACUGUGGAAAUAUUGAAGUUUUUCACAUCUGAGGACAAUUCUUCGUUAUGUUAACUUAUCGACGGGACGCCAGAGUGUGAAAGUAGGUUCAUUUUACAUCAGGAAGCCCAGUCAGGCUGCAGGUAGCUUCUGAUGAUGGCGAAAGUUUUCCGCUGUCCGGCUCGCCAUGGCUACGCCGUGGAAGUAUCUCCGUUUCUCUCCAACAGACUGGUGUGUGCUGCCUCCCAGUACUACGGCAUAGCUGGCUGUGGCACCCUGCUGGUCCUGGAUCAGACAGAGACAGGAGUCUCUCUAGUGAGAAGAUGGGAGUGGAGUGACGGCCUGUUCGACGUAACGUGGAGCGAAGCCAAUGAGCACGUCAUGGUCACUGGGGGCGGGGACUGUAGCCUGCAGCUGUGGGACACAGCCAAUCACAAGGCUCCGCUGAGAGUGGCCAAAGAACACACACAGGAGGUGUACGCCGUAGACUGGAGCCAAACCAGAGGAGAGAACCUCGUCGUCUCUGGAUCCUGGGAUCAAACCGCCAAAGUUUGGGAUCCCACUCUGAGCCGAUCCCUGACCACGUUCACAGGCCAUGAAGGAGUCAUCUACAGCACCAUUUGGUCACCUCACAUCCCAGGAUGCUUUGCUUCAGCCUCAGGUGACGGGACGCUCAGAGUUUGGGAUGUUAAGGCGGCUGCAUGCCGAUUGGCCAUCCCAGCACACAAAGCAGAGAUCCUCAGCUGUGAUUGGUGCAAAUAUGACCAGAAUAUCGUGGCCACAGGCUCCGUGGACUGCAGCGUGUGUAUUUGGGACCUCAGGAACGCCCGGCAGCCUGUCACUCAGUUACGAGGCCACACCUACGCCAUCCGCAGAGUAAAGUUUUCUCCGUUCAGUGGGACGGUGUUGGCAUCCUGCUCGUACGACUUCACAGUCAGGUUCUGGGACUUCAGCAUGAACCAGCCUCUUCUGGACACCGUGGAGCAUCACUCAGAAUUCGUCUGUGGACUCGACUUUAACCUCCAUAUUCCCAACCAGGUGGUGGACUGUUCCUGGGAUGAGACGGUGAAGAUCUACACGCCGGCCUGUCUGUCUGCUGGACGAGCAUCAUAGAUGACAAGUACACAACUAUUAAGGACAUUGCAAUGAGCUUCAAAUGUUACCUGGAGCCUCACUUUAAACCAAAACUCUGCCAGAUUGCUUUAGAGGAAGUCGUUCCUCUCGGUCUGAUGGGAUUCAGUUUUCAGUUCUAACCAAUAAUUCUUAGAGGGUGAGGCCCUCUACGCUGAGGCCGUGGUUCUCUCCUGGGAAAACGGUGGAUCGCUCCCCCUGGGUGGGGAGUGAGUCUCUGCCUCAGGCGAAGGAGUUCAAGCUUUUUUCAGCCUAACUUUAAAUGAAUUAUGUAGAUGAGGAUGUGGCUGUGAUAUCCAUGUCAUUAUGUAGGUCUGCUUUAUCUCAGUGAGUUUGCAUUAAAGUGGAGAGAGAAAUGUCAAGUGUGACUAAUUUCACUGCUCAAAUGUCAUCAGUGUAGAAACAGCGAUGAUCUGUGUGUGGUCGGGGUUUUACUCAAGAGUAACAGACAUAAAGAUGUUGAUGAUUUUUUCUCUCAUGGCAAAAUGAUUCAAACACUCCCUCAGCCACCAAAAGAACAUUUUUAUUCUCUUAUUUUUGCUGAGGAUUUUUAGGAAUUUUAAAGUCGACAGAUGCAUGUCUAAGAAGGUUUGGUUAUUCGCUUAUUUUUAGAGAUAAAGUGUGGGGAUGCCCUGAUCUCAUGUUGUUGAUACCAACAUCUGCACAUAGCAGUCUUUGUUGGCGUUUUCAUCCAUCAGCUGCUUUAGCUGUCACUUCAUAAUAAAUAUUAUUCCAUUAGAAAGCCUGUUUAUUACCCUUUUAACUGAUGCCACAUCUAUAAGGAUCAUGCAUUUGUGGGAUGAGCAGCAGAGCUGAGUAUGUGGGUUGCGCCCAUGAAAACAUGCCAAAUCUUCUCUGCCAGUGUCAAACAGCUAAUUUUGCUGUUACUAUUGACUAAAAGCAUUAUUGCAAUAAAGAAAUAAUCUACCAAACACAAAUGUCCAAACACGAAGUUUACAUGGAUCUUGCAAUUUUGACUUAGACUUGUGAUUUUUACUCCAAAUUUAAGUCAUAUUUUGCACUUUUAACUCCUAACUUUGACUCUUAAGUUCUCAUUUUGACCUUUUAAGUGUAUGACUGCAAAUUUUGCUAAAUGUGAACCCUUUCAAACAUGAUUGUGACUUUCAUUUCCUUAUAUUUGCCUUUUAAAAACAUUGUUUUGAUAUUUAAUUUCAUGUUUUGGCCUUUUGAACUUUAACAUUGACUUCCUCCCUCAGAUUUAUCUUAUCAUUUUGACUUAGCAGUAAAUGAUUGUGAGAUUUUACUAAUUUUUUUUUCUCCCAUAAUGUUGAAAAUGAGGUUGACAGUUUCUGGUUUAAUGUUGACCCUGUUAGGCUCUCAGGUUAGAUCUAAAUCCAGGAUCCGGUCCCUGCUGUGAUUGAGUCUGAAAGUCCUGCUCUAAGAAAAAAUGCAGAAUUCUGACUUUAAAGGGAGACUUUUGACUUUUUUCCUCAUAAUUCUGACUUGUUCUUAAAAUUUUGAC